CGGGUAUUUAAUUAUGUUUACUUCAUUGUCUUUAUUUCCUGUUUGCAAUUUACUUCUUUUGCAGAUCACUGAGAUAUCAGCUAUUCAGUGUUAUCAGUGUGAUAGCAAUGAAGACGAUUCAUGUCCAGCUAGAAGAUAUUUUGAUACCAGGUUGAAUGCAAUGGUUGACUGCAGUAGUUUCUUAUCUCAUUCACCAGGAACAUUUUGUGUCAAAGUAUAUCAAGAAAGUACUGGUUGGAAUUCAUGGAUCAAAAUAACUCGAAGUUGUGGUGCACGAACUGAUUAUGGCUUAGCAUGGAGUUGUCGUUAUUGGUUUGAAGAGCAAGGUGUAUACAAAGAAGUCUGUUAUUGUCAAGAUAGAGAUGGUUGUAAUACAGCGAUACGUGUAACGAAUAUUUCUCAUAAACUAAUUUUAUUAUGCUUACAAUUCGUAAUUCUUACUUUUAUUUAUGUAAAGUAUUAUUUCUGAUCUUUGUUUGCUCUAAUCUAUCUUCACACUUGUGUAUAAUCUUUAUAUAUGUUUAGCUGUGUAAUGUAAAUGAAGAGAAUCACUUGAAAUCCCGCUUAAGUGGAAGGACAAGAGAAGAAGAGAUAGUCAUACAUAUGAAGAACCAUUUACCAAUUGUGAACAAAAAAUAUACCUCAGAUAAUUUAGGCAUGCUUAAUAGUAUCUUAGUAAAACAGUUUCAAUUUGUAUGGAUGUGUGUGUGUAUACUGUGCCGAAGGAUUUUGCUCUCAACUGAUGUUUUCAAGCAAGAUUACUCAAUGUCUUAUGAAAGAUGGUAGUCAGUUAUAGUCUAUUACAUGAAUCUAUAAUUGCAAAUUAUUUAUAGGGUCAGUGAUUUAUUUACUCUACUAUUCAUUUUGUUAUAUAGAUAAUUUUUGUUUUAAUUGUAUGCUAUCAAAAAGCAAAAAAAAAAAACAAAACAACUGUACAAUGUACACUUUAUUGAAAUAAUAAUGCCUAUUUUGAUUAAAAUUAUUGUCAAGUCGUCAGAGGUUAAAACUCAGAAAGUCAUAGUUUUGAUAUAUAGGAACACUAUUCAUCUAGUCAACAACUGUUACCAAUUAUAUAACUAUUAACUCUGAUUGUAGAAGAUCGAUAGAGAUUAGCUUAUGUAGAAAUUAAUAGUUGAAGUCAUUCACUACUAGUGAGUUAGAAUUUGUUUGAGCUUCGAUUUUUUAUUCAUUUUAUUGUGUGACCAAUUUAGCAUUCUAUUGAACUAGUGAACAAUAAUUAAUCAAUCAUUUUUCCACAGAGUAUUUGAUUUCCUUGGGUAUGUGUGUGUAUGGCUACCGAAUGAAAAUCCUCU